CCUCUUGCAGCAUUGGAGGGGAAUUUGAAAGCCAAAGAAUGUAAGAAAACGGCAAUUAUAAGCAUGAAAAGGACAAUCAAAGCUUAAACUCCCGAAAUGAAUAGGAGAUGGCGUCGGUGCGCCCCAUGAUUCGAUUGGCCCGCUGGCGGCCUGUUCCGCAAGCUUCGCGCUUACGACGAUGCUUCGCGACAGCGUCCGACGUGAAAAACCCGGCCGCAUCAUCCCGCCCCGACAACCGAGUGAGGAUAGUAGAAGUUGGACCAAGGGACGGCCUACAAAAUGAGAAGAAGUCGAUCCCGCUAGCUACCAAGAUUGAACUGGUCGAAAGGCUAGCGAAGACGGGAGUAUCUUUCAUAGAAGCCGGGUCUUUCGUCUCCCCAAAAUGGGUGCCACAAAUGGACAACUCCGGCGCAAUCCUAGAGCACAUCCUAACCAACAAAAUCCCCUCUCCGGUCCCAAUCACAUACUCCUUCCUCGCGCCCAACGCAAAGGGCGUCGAAAACGCCUCCGCCCUCCUGCAGCAGCACCCGGGGACCUACCUGACGCAAGCCGAGUCGCUCAAGGGCGUCAGCGCCAAGCCGGCGGUCGAGCUCGCCGUGUUCGCGGCCGCGACCGAGAGCUUCUCGCAGAAGAACCUGAACACGGACAUCGCGACGUCGCUGGACCGGUUCCGCGACGUCAUACAAGCCGCGAAGGCGCUCGGCCUGCGCGCCCGCGCCUACAUCAGCGUCGUGCUGGGAUGCCCCUUCGAGGGCUACGACGUGGACCCGCACCGCGUGGCCGAGAUCGCGACGUCGCUGCUGGAGAUGGGCGCCGACGAGAUCUCGCUCGGCGACACGACGGGUAUGGGAACCGCGGCCCGCACCCAGGAGCUGCUUAGGUGCGUCGCGGCCGCGGGCAUUCGGAAAGAGGAUGUCGCGAUGCAUUUCCACGAUACGUACGGCCAGGCCCUGGUUAAUACGGCGAUCUCGCUCGAGCACGGCAUCAGGACGUUUGAUAGUGCCGUCGGAGGCCUCGGCGGCUGUCCGUAUAGUCCCGGGGCUACCGGGAACGUGGCGACGGAGAACAUGGUUUACUUCGUCGAGAGCCUGGGCAUGGAAACUGGUAUCGAUCUUGAUGCUAUGGCGGAUAUCGGACAGUGGAUCUCGGAUGAGUUGGGUAGGCCGAAUGAGUCGGCUGUGGGUAAGGCGGUGCUGGGGGCUCGUAAAAGGGGGGCUGAUGGAUCCUCGUGAUUGUGUAGGUUGUAACGGAAAUAAACAUCGUACGUAUGGAUUUCUUCUAGUGUGGUAGGGAGAUAUGUCUUAUGAGUUAACAUGACAUUUCUUUUUCUACUGGAAAAGAGCUCAACUGCAUGUAGUCCAUGUACAGCUUCACAAAAUCACAGCUAUAGCCUAGACUGUUGCCUACUAGACUAGUGAAACAAGUUUGAGAGCUAUGGAUGGCUGUAAGGAACAAUAAACAGCAGGCCUAUAAGAAAUUCGCAAUAUUGAAACCGAUGUAUAAGUCACCUCGAGGGUAUACAUGAACGCUCCUAGGUGUUAAAAUAGGGCUAAUACUACUACCCUCUAGCACAGUGGUUCAAUUCAAAAAUCACAGAGACUUAGUCUGUUUCUAUGUUGUUCUUUUCUCACCUUGGGAGCGUAAAACAGCGAGAAUGCAUAGAAGCUCUUGUUAUC